AUGAGUGACGCCAACUCGCGGACGACGUUGAUUCAGGAAGACGCGAAACCCCCCUCACCUGCCCACGUCGUCGUUGCGCAGACGGCUGAUGAGGAGUCCGACUCGACCAGUGGCGAUGAGAUCGUCACGCCGCUGAGGACGAGAAAAGCCCUCUGGGCCUGGCUGAUCCUCUGCUUCUCCACGGGUCCGACGAAUAGCAUGAUCAGCAGCUACGUGACGGCCAGCAUCCAGUCGGCCGCGAAUGCCGUCGGUCACAUACCCGGCACGGACAAGCCCUGCGCCCGACGGGGGGCCAUAAAGUGUGUCGUCAAGCUCGGCGGUCGCGAUGUCGACUACCUUAGCUACCUCUUGUAUCUGCGAGCCAUCAGCCGAGCGUCCGAAGGUGUCGUCUCCAUCAUGGCAUCCGGUGCGGCCGACUACUCCAACUACCGGAAGACGAUGAUGAUGGCGUCCAUCUACCUCUUCGGCGCCCUCGCCCUGCCCUUUGCAGGCCUCACGGGCAACUCGUACAGCCAUCUCAACGCGCUCUCGACGCUCUACGUCGUCAUCUCGACCGUCAGCGGCGUCUACACCGUCAUCGAGGCAUCGUACAUUCCCAUAUUCAUGCGUUCCUCUGGUUGGUUCAACCCGCCCCGUAGGCUCGAGGCGGCCCAGGAAGGUGGCAGGCCAAAGAUCAACAGCACUUGGAUCAAAGGAAGCCGCGUCAGUGUCCUCGGGCUCGUCUCGGGCAACGUCGGCGCCUUGGUGGCUCUGUUGAUCGGUGUCAUCAUCACCUACACCCGUGGCAGCGCCGUGAAGGAGGGUUACUUCAACUUUCUUUUGGCCAUUUCCAUCGCAGGAUGCCUGACGAUUCUCUUCGCCAUCGCUGGACACAUCUUGCUGCCAGAUAUUCCCGGUAGGAAGAGACCGGUCGGCAAAAGCAUCUUCCUCCUGCCCCUGCGAACGUGGCUUUCGCUCCUGGGCUCCGUGCGCCGAUAUCCCAAUGCCUUCAAGCUGUGCGUCGGCUGGGUUCUGUGGAAUACCGCCUACGGCAACUUCCUGUCUCUCCUGAGCGCCCUCUUCCUCGAGACGACGGGCAUCCAGAGGGGCAGCAGCGUGUACACGGUCUACACUUUCGUCAUGGUCUUGUCCGCUUGCCUCGGCUCGCUCACCUGGCUGUUUUCCUUUCCCCACGCGAAGCUUCACAUCAAGAGCUGGGCCUACAUCUUUCUCUCUGUGAACAUUCUCUGCGUCCUCUGGGGCUGCAUCGGAAUCAGCAAGAGUGUGCCCAUCGGAUACAAGAGCCAAACCGAGUUCUGGGUCGUCGACGUUCUUUUCAUGAGCACGAGCAGCGCCCUGCGUUCCCUGAACCGCGUCCUCUACUCUUCGCUGAUCCCCAAAGGUUCCGAGGCAAUCUACUUUGGCCUCGAGAUUACCCUGGAUCUGGCGACUGGUUGGAUCAACCCGCUUGUGCAAGGAGUGAUCCAGAACAGCACGCACAACCUGCGCUUUCCCAUGAUUCCCAAUCUGCUGCUCAUGGUUGUUGCCCUCUGCUUGUACCUUUGGACAGAUGUAGACAAAGGCAUCAAGGAUGCCGAGACACCCCUCGCAGCAUCAGCGUCUACCGUGGAGCAGGGUCGGACGGACGGAUUGAAUGCAUGA